AAUGGACCAAGGUGGUGAAUCUGGCGAUGAUUCCGAGAUGGAAGACUCGUUUAGUCGGUCAUUGUGCAAAAAAAGAUUAGGGUUAUUAUUAGUAUCACUUGCAAUGACAGACUUUUUAAUAUUUAUGUCUCUGUCCGUCUUGGCACCUUUCUAUCCAAAAGAAGCUGAGUCUAGAAAACUAUCAAAUACAAUGUCAAGCUUAGUUUUUGGAGUUUUUUCCCUGGUACAAUUUGUCGUUUCACCUAUCUUUGGAAAAAUAGCACUUUAUACAGGCGUUGAAUUUCUCUUUCUAGUUGGCCUGUUUGUCGGAGGAGUUUCUACAAUAGUAUUUGGAUUAAUGGAGUAUGUGGAAGAUAGUUUUAUGUUUAUGUCACUAAGUAUCAUCAUCCGAAUUUUUAUAGCUCUGGGUUGUUCAGCAAGUAACACAGCAUCUUUGAUCAUAAUUGCUAGAUCAUGGCCUUCUUUAUUAACAACAUUAGUCGGUAUUUUAGAAACAAGUUCUGCUUUGGGUUAUAUGGUUGGUCCGGCUCUUGGAGGUGCUCUUUAUAGUUUAGGAGGAUUUAUAUUACCUUUUAUAGUUCUAGGAAGUCUUUUGGUCAUUGCAAUUCCGAUUAGUUGGCUAUUAUUAGGUAAACGGGAAAAGUGUGAAAUUGUAGUUGAAAAUAAUAAUUAUGGAUUAAUGAGAUCUUGUUGUAAUUUCAAUUUUAUUGCCGUAUCUAUCGCAAUUGUGUGCUGUUCAUUAAUCUGGGCUUUUAUAGAUCCUAUAUUGGAGAGGCGAUUGAAUAGCUUGUUCUCUUUAUCACCAACAAUUGUAGGCUUAGUCUUUCUUUUAACAUCAGCAGCCUAUGCUCUGACAGCGCCAUUUUUAGGUUACGUCGUUGAUAGGAGAGAAUCGCUCAAAAUUCCUUUCCUAUUUUCUGGAUUUUUAAUAUGCGCCAUAUCAUUCCUUUUAUUGGCACCUUCCAAAUGGCUUGGGUUAGAAAAUUAUAAUGAAUUAUGGUUGUGCCUAUUAUCUCUAAUACUUCUUGGAAUUGGAUCAAGUUUAACAAUUGUGCCUACAUUCGUAUUACUUUUGCAAUCGAUGACAUCUCAUAAAGGUGAAAUGCCCAAACAUUCAUACGUUGCAGGUAUUUGGAGUUGUGAAUUUGCUCUAGGAGAAUUCUUAGGGCCUGUAAUUGCCGGCAGCUUAGUUGAUAGAAUCGGUUUUUCCGACUGCUUAAAUUACAUCGCAAUAAUUCCAAUUAGCAUGUUUAUCCUAUGGAUUUUUAUGUACUUCAAAAUGGGAAGAAACUCGCCGUUGAAAACUGAAGUUAGAGUAUCUACAUCGGAAGAAACUCUUCAAUCAGAAGGAGCCGAUGAAACAAGUAGCCUAUUAAAUGAAAAAUCAGUUCACCGUACGCAAAUCUACACUUAA